UUUCUUUACACAACAAAAUGAAUAAGGUAUUCUUCCUUCUUCUCGUCUCUCUCGUUCUCCUCCCUCUUCACGUGACUGUCCUGGCGGCCAUAGGCAGCUGGACUCCCAUCAGCGACGUUAAGGAUCCUCACAUCGUAGAGAUAGGCGAAUUCGCGGUCUCCGAGUACAACAAACAGAGCAAAUCGGGACUGAAGUACGUGAAAGUUGUUAGCGGCGAGUCUCAGGUAGUCUCUGGUGUGAAUUAUCGGCUUCUGGUGGCUGCUAAUGAUGAAGUCGGUGGCCCGAGCAAAAACUACGAGGCGGUAGUAUUUGAGAAGCACUGGCUGAAAUCAAUGAAUCUCACAUCCUUCAAGCCAGCCACUAUUAAUGCUCGCUUCCUUUGACGAGCUUACAUAUGAUAGUUACAUGUAGCCUAUAUAUCUUUUUAAUGUUAUAAAUCUAUCAAAGAAAGUUUAAACAACA